GCAUGCGAGAGCUUCAUUUCUGGGGGAGAUUUCAGAUGGGAGAGAGAUUCAAUAUUUUCCUGUUUUGGAUAUUGCAACGGGAGACAGCUCACUUUUAUUCAUUAUACGAUUAAAUUUCCAAAUUUAACGACUUCUUAGAGAGAGAAAGAAGAGAGAUGCAGUCUUCCUCAUCCCCAUUUCUAGUAUUAUCUGCCUUCUUCUUCUUCAUCUUCAUCUUCCUUUCCCCAGGAUUCUUCUGACACAAACAGUAACGCACGCACACCAUAGGGAGGAAAAAGAUAAGAGAAGAGAGAUAAAAUGGAGAGAACUCAGAGAAGGGUCUCUGAUAACCAAGAAAAACCCAUCUUUCUUCCUUUGAGAUUCAUGGAUUUGAUCCCCUUUUCCUUCUUUUUAUUGUUUCUCUUCAGCUUUUCAUCCCCUACAGAUGGGUAUGAUCCUUUAGACCCAGAAGGGAACAUCACAAUCAAAUGGGACAUCCUAACAUCAGAACAAGACAAGUACGAGGCAUUGAUGUCCAUAUACAAUUACCAAUUGUUCAGACACACAGAAACGCCUGGUUGGAGGUUGAGCUGGGAUUGGGUAGGGGAUGAGGUCAUAUGGUACAUGGCUGGUGCAGAGGCUAUUGAACAAGGGAACUGUUCCAGGGUCAAAGCGGCCACCACCCCUCCCCACACUUGCGAGAAGACACCUAUAAUCGUAGAUCUUCUUCCUGGAACACCUUACAAUAUGCAGACUAGUAAUUGCUGUAAGGGAGGUGUUUUAACCACUAUGGCACAAGAUCCUUCUAACUAUGGAGCUACUUUCCGAAUGACUGUUGGUUUGGUCACCUACAAUGAUUCAAAUCUAAUAAUGCCCAUGAAUUUCAGCAUUGGCCUUCCGGGUUAUACCUGUUCUGAUGCUAAUGAGGUCCCGGCGAGCAGAUUCACACAGGAUGGCCGUCGGUAUACACGGGCUCUCGGAACAUGGAAUAUAACAUGUUCCUACUCUCAGUUCCGGGCAUCAAAAAGGCCAACAUGUUGUGUAUCUUUAUCUGCCUUCUACAAUGAAACCAUUACUACCUGUCCUCAGUGUAGCUGUGGUUGCAAGGGAGACCCGGAAUUAAAAUGCAUCGAGCAUACAGAGUCAUUGUUGCAACUUCCAUCAAAUAAGGAGACUAAUGGACAAGUAGUGAGAUGUUCAAAACAUAUGUGUCCAAUUAGGGUUCACUGGCAUGUGAAAACAAGUUACACAAAGUACUGGAGGGUUAAGGUUACAGUGGAGAACAUGAACUAUCUUAAAAACUACAGCAUGUGGGACUUGGUGAUCCAGCACCCCAACUUGAGAAGCAUAGAGCAGAUUUUCAGCUUUAACUACCAACCUCUCAAUCAGUAUCCAGUCAAUGACACAGGAAUGUUUUGGGGUAUCAAAUUUUAUAAUGAUGUGUUACUGCAAGCAGGGGUUGCUGGAAAUGUUCAGAGUGAGAUGAUAUUAAGCAAGGAUCCAGGAAUUUUCACAUUCAGGGAAGGGUGGGGAUUCCCUCGGAGAGUCUCUUUUAACGGCGAUGAAUGCGUAAUGCCUCCACCUGAUGAAUACCCUAGACUUCCCAAUGGUGCAAACUCACAUUCUCCUCAAAACAAAAUACAUCUUAUGGUGGUUUCUUUGACAGUGUUGCUCACAGUACUGAUCAUUCUGAGUUAAGAGAACUUCUUGGGUUGUUACCUGAUCCAUUUUCAACCCAUUAUACACAUCAGAUUACUUUAUACAAAAUGUUCACCCAAAGAAAGUCUAUACAAUUUUGUUAUAUUGUUGUGUUCAACCAUACCAUAGUGUGUAUAAGAGAGUCCUUUGGAUGAUUUGGAAGUUCAUGAAUCAAUAUUGAAAAAAAAAAAGUUUUCUUUC